UAAUAGAUCCACUCUGACAAUGAUGAUGUUGAUGAAAGGGCUAUACUGCAGCAAUCUAAUUUGGAGAGUAUGGAUUCCACAGAGCUUCCAUCCUGUUCCCAAGUUCCUGAUGUUAAAACAACAUGUCCAAUAUGUCAGGAGUGGAUUUCCUCUGACAUUGUGGAAAUCCACGCAAGCAUAUGUGGUGAAAGAGUUUGUAAUGAAACUGAGGAGAGCCAGACACAUCCGACUGAAAGCAUUUCUGAUGUCAUCAGAGUACUCCAUGAAAGGGUGGACAACACAGCUAUAUUCAGCAUCUAUGUGACGAGGGAGGACAUGCUUGAAAGGGGGAUGAAGCAGUGGCAGCGCCAGAAGAAAGCGUCCCCCAAAAACCCUCUCAGGGUAACAUUCCUUGGAGAGACCGGGAUUGACAAAGGGGCUCUGAGGAAGGAGUUUUUAACUGAAAUGGUGGCAGGUAUACAGAGCAGAUUCUUCGUGGGAGGGGACAAUGGCAAAACCCCCAAGUAUUCAAUGACCGACAUGGACAAACACCACUUCAAGACUGUUGGAGAGAUAUUGGCAGUGAGCAUUGCUCAAGGUGGACCACCACCAAAUUUCUUCAUGGACUGGUGUUACAACUACAUGUCCACUGGAGAACUGGACCAGGAAGCGAUCACUGAGACAGCUGUUACAGAUCCAGAACUCAUUGAUUUAAUACAAGAGAUUCGGGCAGCUGACAACACAUCCCUGAUGGAGUGCACAGACAGGAUUUUGUCAUGUGGAUAUACAGGACCAGUAUCCGUUGAAAAAAAGGAAGACAUUUUGCGUGAGGUUACUUCCUAUGCUCCAGCAAAUCUGCUCCGGUAUGAAGCUGUAUGGCCUCCUCAGCUUGGUCCAGAAAGAAAAGGACAUCUGCAGACAGCUCUUUGUCCUUGGAUCGUUUAGCAAGGUGGAUGCUGAUUUCUUGGUGAAGUCACUAUCGCCUGUCUUCAGUGAGAAGGGUACAAUGAGGCGUCAGAGAGAGUGCAGAGUAGUCAAUUUUCUGCAGGACUUCAUACAGGACAUGGAGGACGAAGAAGAAGGAAUCAACACGGUCUUGCCUGAAAGCGUUGCCGAGGGUGAAGGUGACAAGGCAGUGCUAAUUAAUGUGGGCAAGUUCUGUCAGUGGCUGACAGGGCAAGCACACAUACCCCUCAGUCACACAGACCGGGAGGGUUUCAGUAUUACAAUAGAAUUUGAUCAUGAUUGUCAGGUGCGUUUUGGGACCCAUAGCAUCUGUUACCCAAUUGUGAAUGCCUGCUCGUGCUCAGUAACGUUUCCUGUAGCCCAUCUCACCACACAGGAGGAGUUCAGAAGGGUUAUUGCUCAAGCU